AUGUCAUCACUCAGCUUCGUGACCGAUUUUCCGCACCACGACCGUAAGACGUCCAUUGUUGAUGAUCUUCUGUGUGAGAUUUAUGAUCGUUGGUACGAUGGGCGACAUGACAGUUUUGAAAGCGACACCUUCACCGAGUGUUCCAGCACGUCGGAAGUGUACCACUGGAGGAGGAACUCUUUUCAGCUGGAGAAUGACACUAAACACGCCUCACGGAUCCUCCCCUCUGUUCUACAAACACAAAGUAUACCUCAGCUGAAGAAGACAGUCGAAGAACUACAACAUCGGAUCAACUUUGUGUCGUCCCGCCUUGUCCGUCAACUGAAGAGACGAGAUCGGAGAAUCGCCAAGCUCCAGCACAAUUCUGACCUAGUGACAGCCAUACUGCAAGCUUCUUCACAGAAAAGAAGAAUUGACACACGGAUCCGAUUUAGUUUAGACCCGCCGCCGGGAGAGACCGCCUUUGACCAGUGGAAAGAUGCCAUGAGAGCAGUGGCCAGAUUGCCUCAUGGAAUUCCUGAGAGCUUUAGGAAAAAGGUCUGGAUAAGUCUAGCUGACAACUACAUACGAGAGCAGUGCAUUGAUUGGACCAAGACAAUCCGAUUCGCAUUCAAUGAUAGGAGCAAUCCGGAUGAUGAUUCCCUCGGGAUUCAAAUCGUCAAGGACUUGCAUCGAACAGGAUGCAGUGGUUUCAGUGGACAGGAAAAUGACGAAGACCGUGCAGUGUUGAAGAGGGUGUUGCUGGGAUAUGCGCGAUGGAACAAGAGUGUUGGCUAUUGUCAGGGAUUCAAUGUGAUAGCUGCUCUGUUGCUGGAGGUGAUGGACAGGAAGGAGGACGAUGCGUUAAAGGUGAUGAUUUACCUGAUUGACCACGUGUUGCCUGAUGGCUACUAUGCCCACAACUUACGAGCCCUGUCGGUUGACAUGGCAGUGUUCCGCGACCUUUUGAGGGUGACGUUUCCAAAGCUUUCGAAACACUUAGACCAUUUACAAAGUGCUGCCCAGGACAACUGCACAGGGGCUAGCUACGAGCCUCCACUGACUAACGUCUUCACCAUGCAGUGGUUCCUGACUCUGUUUGCCACCUGUCUGCCGAAACAUAUCGUACUCAGGGUGUGGGACUCAAUCUUACUGGAGGGCUCAGAAAUCUUACUCAGAACUGCUCUUGCCAUCUGGGGAAAACUCACCAAGAGGAUAGUGACUGCAGGCAGUGCAGAUGAGUUCUACUCACUGAUGGGUGCGCUCACUCAGGAAACAAUGGAGGGGAGAAUCUUCAAUGCCGAUCUUUUAAUCAAAUUCAUCUACGCCUGUGCACCUUUCCCCAUGCAACAGUUGCCAGAGCUUAGAGAGAAAUACACUUACAACAUUAGACCCUUCACAAGUGCUGCAAACUCCAGCAGGAGAUCAGGAAUGGGCAACAUGUUGCCUAGUGAUGAGGAUGACCUUGAUGAAGAUGACCUUGAAGCCAUAAGUUGUUUUACAGGAAUCAUUCCAUCAGCGAAUGGGGUCAGCAGAGGGAAAGGUUCGGACCUUGAUUCAAGUAGCAGUGCUGCGGACAUCUCCAUGGUGGGUCCGGGGGCCUAUGGUAUGGGGGGAGACGUCAGUCAGACUAGUGACUCCUCUGUGUAUCUGGAGAGGAUGUGUACAGACAUCGGCUCAUUGAAGAAACAGUACAGCAAGCUCAAACAGAGGCAGACUCAGGCUCACGUUAUCAUAGCAGCCGCCUCAGCCAAGCAGCAGGCCAAAGUGAAAGCAUUGACCCCGAAAUUAGAGCCACCACGAGCCAUUAAUCAUCUAUUUAUCAGCAAGGCCAUGCUGCCCAAUGUUAAGAAUGCCAAAAGCAGGGGUGGAAAGGUCAUGAUGGUACCACAAUUUCUACAGAAAGGACAGAGUACCUGCCCAGGUAGACAAGUUGUUCCUGAGACUACGACAACAAAAUCAAGUCGUACAGAGUCGCCUGUUAAUGUCGACAGAUCCGGCAGCAGCGGUGACAGCAGAACGACCAACAAUCAGCUAGAGGAUUCCACUGAUGAUAAAAGCGAUGAUGUGGAAGACAAUAAAAGCAAUAGUGGGGAAGACAAUAAAAGCGAUAAUGUGGAAGAAGACGGACGAGAAAAGAAUUCCGUGUGGGAGGAGGAGUUGAGAAAUAUAUCACAGGGAGAGCUGGGAUUUAUGUGUAAACAAGAAGAUGGUGUCAAUGAAAAUGAGGAUGAUAGGGUUCCUGACAAGUGCAAGGUGCCAGUUGAGGUGAAUAAUGCAGCUGAUUGUACAGAUCCAGAUGAUGAGAGAAUAGGAAAGGAUUUGAACAGCCAAAUCUCCGUGGAGUCGAGUGACUGUAGCAUAGACGAUUUCAAUGAGAACUGUAGAGUUAGGGGGGGUGUAGAACCUAAUUCUGAGGAAGAGGAGCUGAUCCGAGAGUUUGAUGAUAUGAUCCAAGCAUGCUCCAGUCAGUUGACAAAAAGACUGGAGGAAGAAGAGGAUGGGGAUGACUCCUCAGAGUAUUCUCAGGAGGAUAUGAGUGAAAAUUCCUCCCAAAACGAGAAACAAGACUAUGGUGUGGUUGUCAUGGCUCAAAGAAGUAUUUCUCAGGAUUCUGUAAGUGAGGAGGAAAAGUGUAUUCGCUCUGGGCAGAAUGGCGAUAAACAGUCAAGAAGGACCAACUAUAACUCAAAUUCAAGGGCCAUCACCAUGUCGCAGAGUCUCAGUUUAGCUCAGUACGCACAGUCAAAACGUAAAAUGUCGAGCUGUAGUGUAGAGUCCAAUGCUUCCAAACAUUUGUCCGACUCGGACUCUGGCUCAGUUUUCAGUCCCGAUGACUCAGAGUCUCCCAAGUUCUUUCCUGGAAAUGAAUUGAGCCCAAAAUCAGGAAAAUCUGUGUCUUGGUCCAGUGAAGUCAAGUCCCCUAGUCAUUCCAGGUCCCCACUGUUUGCUAUAAAGAAACCUUUCAAUCCUUUUCCGGUGAAACAUUUCAAUGAAAACCGGGCCAGGACUGGAAUCAAACUAGGAAUGUACAAGACUUCAACAUUUGACCACUUAGAUAAGCAAUCCAAACGGCGCACGUUGUGGAGUAAAUAAGCUUUAAGGCAUUGUGAUAAUUCUCGGAAGUCAUUAUUCUCUAUGAUGGGGUUUGUACCCCUUCUAUGUUGGAAAAUUCUGCCUGGGAAGGGUUGAUUUUGCCAUUUGGGGGGGGGGGGGGGGGGCUAAAACCCUUCUCUUUGAGUACCAACUAACAUCACAAUGUACCCCUUGCACAUUUUCCAUAUCUAUACAUGGUUUAAUUAUUGUGGGUACGGUAUGUCCUCAAAGUGGCAAACUAACCAGUAAACCACGAGAUUUACAUGGCCCCCACAGAAAUAAUCGAUUCUCAAGUUUUACAUAAUUGAUCAUUGAUUUAUACAUAAAAAUUUAAUUCAUUAGUUCUUAUAGUUCUGUAGUAUUCCUUAAUUAUUUUUUUUCCUCAUUGUUUGAAAGGGAGAUCACCAUUGUGAGACAUAAAAUGUCUGUUGUGUGCAAUUCUGAAUUAAGUAUUUUAUAUGUAACCCAUUAUUUAUCUUGUUAUAUUUUCCUAAAAAAAAUUUCUCAAAGCAUGGUAUUACGACAUAUUUUCAAAGGAAAUCCACAUUUAUUUUUGUACAGUGUAUUUGAUUAUAUGUUUGGUGUUGGGAUGCGGUACGGUAUGCAACUGUUACUGUAAUUGUCAUUUUUGACAACUGGGUUGUGAAUAAUUUUUAAGAUACAUGCAGAUAAAAGUUUAGAUUAGUGUAGAAGCGUUACCGUGUAGUACGAGCAUGUCUUAUUUUGGUCUCUGGCACGAUUAUACCUGUUCAUGAGCUCAUUCAUUGCUAGUAAAUGAACAUGAACUUAUUGAAGUAUACAUAUACAUGUAUACUGUUGACAAGAAAAUCUUUUGCCCACAUGCAUUGAAAAACAAUUUCUUCCUGUUGUGAAUUUUAUCAGAAGCUGGCUUUUGCUACUCCAGAACAAGGAGUCAGUUUUAAUUCAUCCAGCGUUAAAUUUAGCAAUAUAGAGUGCAUGUGGACAAAAAUCAAAACGGGCAAUGUUUUCCUUUUACACAGCAUUCACGACUGAUCCGAGACUGAAAAAUUGUUAAUGUUAUGGACAAGUCCGAUUUUGAUUACUUUUUUGUGGAUGUAUAUUACCUUCAUAUAGAGAUUGUAACUGCCGGUACAGUACGAUGUGUGAUAUAGUAAAGAAUUCUCAUUCCAAUGUCAUGAUCUCUGUAAAAAAAAACUGUCUCCCUACAUGUAGAUCGAAAUUUGCGAUCGCAGCAUAAAAAUAUUUGUAGCAUUUCGAGGGUAUUGAUCUCAAAUAAUCUUAUAGACGGUUGUUAUCCUAUGUUGCUUACAAAACGACACGUGAUCUGAUAUUGCUCAUAAAAUUAACCUUUAUAUUACUUCAAAUUCCAUAUCAUGUUCACAAGAUGCAUCUCCGGAAAUCAGAAAACUUCCUAUCUUAUGCAGAUUUCAGUCAUUCAUAGAGUAUCAUUGGUGAUUUCAAUUUCCUGCCAAUGGAUGCUGCAUGCUGAUUUCUCCAAAGUAUUCGCGAUAUAAACAACUUCCAGUAUCCAUCCAGCCCUAGCUUUCUUGGUCCUCACGCUGCCGUCAUACUAUUUAUCACUCCGGAGCAGCCAUUUAUUUCAAGUGAAUUAUAAUGCAGAAUUGAAAGUCGUGUCAUGUAAUGCUUUAACAGUGAAUCGAAAUUAAAAUGCAUUCAUCAGUCACAGAAACGUACACCUGUCUAUUUAUUUGCAGCGAUGUAAUCUCAUGAUUAAUAAGUCCCAAAUCCUCUCUAUUUUCUUUAAGCCUUUUUAAAUAUAUACGCGUGUAUAUUAAAAAAAAAUUUUUGAAAGACAUAUGGCAAGCAUUGUGCAAUUUGAAAAUUUAAUGACUGAAGGAAAAAAGGGUGGGGGGGAUAACCCACACAGGUUGUGAAAUGUCUACAUGUAUAUUGACUUUGAGUAUAGGUUCUCUAUUGUGUGCUGUUAUGGACAUUUUCGCUUGUUGCUGAACAUUCAUGGUUUGUAAUACAUGCAGUGAAUACAUGCGUAAUGAAUAAAAUAUACAUAAAUUCUUAGUCGGAUCAGGUGACACUAUGGGUAGCAUCAGGUGACACUAUGGGUAGCAAUAAUGUACCACGAGUUUAAGGUUUUUGAAAAUAAAUCUCUCUGUCAGAGUAAAUAAGUACAUGAUGUAGAUCGAUUUGUGACAACAUGAAUUCAGUAUGUUACUCAUUCCACCUGCCAUACGAUCGCAUAGCGUGGUAAAAUCUGUUUAUCUGUACAACUGUACAACAAAUAACUUAAUCUGUGUAAAUUUUCAUUCCUAGAGGUUGCAUAUUUUUAAAAACAGUCAUGUAUUGAAAUGAGAGGUGGUUGUGAAUGCUAAGUUUUGUUGUAUAUAAAUCUUUAGUAUUAAUCCGUUAUUUACAUUUUGUUGGGGAAUCUGAAUGCAUUCCUAUGUUAUGAUUUUAUAGUCUAUAUGUUCUAUAUUGUAUUGGCAUAAUUUAAUUGUUAUGAUUUUUAUUUUUGGGUCAAAUCUGCAAAUUUAAUGACUUUUAUUUUACAUUGGAAUUCUGAAAUCCAUCCUCUAAUGGUUGUUUUUCGUUACCAAUUUGUGUGUAAUGAUUGGUCCAAAGAGUUGAAAUAAAUCAAACGGUGCUCGUCUUC